AUGUCGAUCACUGGUCUCUUUUUCAUCCCGUCUUCUCCGCAGGCCGCUACGUAUCAGCAGGUGGUGGACCGAUUAACGAGGAGUUACGACGACGUUGAAUUAGUAGGGAGAUGGGCCCUCGAGCAUCGCCUGAUGCGAGAGACUGCCCCCUCGCUACCCGCUGUUAACGGCAAAGCCCCUCCAUUUCGAUAUCUCCACUUCCUCAACCUAUCGCAUCAACCCGGUCGGAGUUUUGUUGGCGUUUCGGGGCCCAGCGCACGAAAACAGCAACCGCAGCAACAAGCGGUUGGACCGGAUGCUAUGGGCGGCGUCGUCCCUCAAGAACCCGCUGUGAUACUUGUUCCCGCGCCAGCAACCAUCUUGACUCUUCCGCAAGGCCAGAGUGGCGACUUGAUCCAGCUCGUCGCGUCAAAGCUGGGUCCGCUCUGGACGAAUCGACACACACUACACGUACAACCUGGUGUAGCCUAUGCAACUUCCGAUUUCGUGGUGCGAGUGGGUGAAGUAAAACAAGGUGUCACCGGUCCGCCUCGAGGUGUCCUUGUCGAAAUCACUUAUCAGGCGGACGACACGUCAGGGUCUUCAGAGCAAAAGGUCGACCCUAGCGAAUGGGCAGCAGGCCAGGCCAUUAUCAAAGCGUUCUGGCAGAAUCUUAAUAUACAAGGAUCGCGCGACUAUGCCGCUACAACCCCCGGUGUGGGCGCCGGGCUUGGUUGGGAUCUUGAAAGACAGUACUUUGAGCUGUUGAAAUUGCGGGGAUAA